UUCUGACUACGGUAUGAAGCUGCCGAUCUUGCGGUCCAAUGCAGAAGAUCAGAUUCUGUACCAGACUGAGCGUUACAAUGAAGAAACCUUUGGCUAUGAAGUUCCCAUCAAAGAAGAGGGUGACUACGUGCUGGUCUUGAAGUUUGCAGAGGUCUAUUUUGCACAGUCUCAACAGAAGGUAUUUGAUGUUCGCUUGAAUGGCCACGUGGUGGUGAAGGACUUGGACAUUUUUGACAGAGUCGGACACAGCACAGCUCAUGAUGAGAUCAUUCCCAUGAGUAUCAAAAAGGGGAAACUGAGUGUCCAGGGAGAGGUUUCCACAUUCACGGGGAAGCUCCACAUUGAGUUUGUAAAGGGCUACUAUGACAAUCCGAAAAUCUGUGCCCUAUACAUCCUGCAAGGAACAGUGGAAGAUGUUCCAAAGCUGCAGCCACACCCAGGUCUGGAGAAAAAAGAGGAAGAUGAUGAUGAAGAUGAAUAUGAUGAUGGCUCCAGUGUUAAAAAACAGGCAAAUAAGAACCGGGUUCAGUCAGGCCCACGCACACCAAACCCCUAUGCCUCGGACAACAGCAGCCUCAUGUUUCCUAUAUUGGUGGCCUUUGGUGUCUUCAUUCCUACCCUCUUCUGCCUCUGCCGAUUGUGAGAGCAAGCCCCACAGAGCAUCAGCCAAGGGGCUGGGAGGGAAGGAGUUGGACCAAACACAGUUGCUUUCAAUUUCUCCAUAUUGUUCAUAAUUUAAGGAAAAAAAAAAGGAAAAAAAAAAAAGAAAAAAAAAAAAAGAUGAUUCAUUUGGAAUGAAUAGCAGGUACAGGUAAGAGGGAGCUUACCUUCCCCCUGCCAGCAAGCAGCGAGGCCCUCACCUUCCCCUUCGCACCAUGUGCAGCCUCCAAUCCUCCCUGGGGCAUCCACGAGUAAACCAAGUCCUGGCUGUCUGUGUAUUGGGCUGUUUUGGAAGCUGAUGCUAGCAGUCCUGGGUCAUGUCCCACACUGAGAGAAAGCCAUGUGCUACAGGAUCUCCGCCUUUAAUGAGUGGAAUAUGGUUCUUUAAGCAGGGAAGCAGCUCCUGAAAC